GCGGGACGCAGCCCUAGCCUCUCACAGGCGCUGCGAGCUCCGUGCUUCUCGGCUCCGCGCGGCGGCUGCAGCCUCCCAGACGUUUAUUAUCUGGAAUUAGACCUUCAGCAUCCAACACCAUGAGCAACUACAGUGUGUCUUUGGUCGGCCCUGCUCCUUGGGGUUUUAGGCUUCAAGGUGGAAAAGACUUCAACAUGCCUUUGACCAUCUCUAGGUUAAACGAUGGUGGCAAGGCAGCUAGAGCCCAGGUGGGGAUAGGUGAUGUGGUUCUCACCAUUGAUGGGACAAGUACAGAUGGGAUGACUCAUCUGGAAGCACAAAACAAGAUCAAGGCCUGUACAGGCAACUUGAACAUGAAUCUGCAAAGAGCGCACUCUGCACCAAAACCUGAUCCUGUUCCUGUACAAAAGGGAGAACCUAAAGAAGUAGUUAAGCCUGUGCCUAUUGCAUCUGCUGUUGCACCCAAAGUCACUUCCACAGUGAACAUGGCCUACAAUAAGACACCAAGGCCAUUUGGAGCUGUACCUUCCUCAAAAGUCACUUCCAUUCCAUCACCGUCAUCUGCCUUCACCCCAGCCCAUGCGACUGCUCCAUCAUGUGCUUCCCCUCCACCAUUGGCCACUGUCACGCCUCCCCCAUUCACUGCAUCUGGACUGCAUGUUAAUGCCAAAUCCAGUACUGACCAGCGUUCACCUGCACUGAAUGCUGCUAAAACUGCAGUUAAUAUCCCAUGGCAGCCCAACACAUACAAUACAACCCUGAACACGUAUUCCAACGACAAUGCCCAGGAUGUGGCAGAGGGACAAAGAAGAGGAUUCAAAGAGAGCCAGGUUGACAAUAAACAGCAAAAUGGUCCACCAAGGAAGCACAUUGUGGAUACCUAUACAGAGUUUUACCACACACCCACUCAUAGAGAUGCCAGCAAAAAACGAUUGAUUGAAGAUACUGAAGACUGGCACCCAAGGACAGGAACUACCCAAUCGCGUUCUUUUCGGAUCCUUGCCCAAAUCACCGGCACUGAACACAUGAAAGAACCAGAAACUGAGACUACAAAGAAAACAAAGGAGUGUCAAACAGAAAAUGGAGACCCCAGCAUGUCUGCAGAUAUACCUAAUGGAAUAGAAGCCCAGAAUUCCUCUUUAGAUCUAAAUAAACAUUCAGUAGCUACUCAGACCAUCGAGAUGACACCUGCAUCAGAACCUCCAUCAACACCGUUGCCAGCUAUGAGACCAGAAUCUACUUCAGACAGUUCACCGUUAGCCAAGUCUUCACCUGUCAGUGUUCCCUCUCCCAGACUUCCUGGACAUGUCUCAAGUUCACCCCAUGGGAGAAAACUCUUGUUUGACAAUCCUUUGGAAGCCUUACCUAAGUGUGCACCUCAUCCACCUGCUGUUGUUCAGGUUUUAAGUGUCAGUAGUCAAGUAGCCACAGUGUCUAAAGUGGCGUCUACUUACACUAGGAAAAUAACUCAAUCUGCAGAGUUGAGGCCUCCAGGUCCAGCAAGCUUAAUAACAAAUGAAGCCGGUAAAGAAAGUUCUCUAUCUGAUAAGCACACAGUAGCUACACAGACCUCUGAGCCACCCUUGCUCACAGUUGCACCAGCGGAGCCACCUUGUGCAGUCCAACGCGUGGAAUCCAUACCUUCGGUGCCUCCUAUUCCUGACAGCUUCUACACUAGAAAAGCGCUGCCUGAAAAUCUAUUGGAAGAUCUGCCAAAGUUUUCUCCCAUCCCUGUUCCUUCUCCUUCCAGGCAGAGCUUAAAAGUUAUAAGCAGUGCCGCCGCUGCCGUGUCUGCUGCUGUUGCUGUACGGGCCAGACUCUCCGAUCCUAACGUCUACCGUUCGCUCUUGGAUGCCCUUCUCAUCACCCCUAUCACUAAACCUCCUCCUCUACCAAGUGUCAGGCCCUCAAGGAAAUCAACAAGUGCUUUGGAGUUGCAAAAGAAAGAGAGUGAUUCCCUGGAGGCUUCACAGCCUGUUGCUUAUGCCGCUGCCUCCGUGAGGAGCAUGCCUGUAAGUCCAGACAAAACUGACACCAGACCAGCUGCAGCCAAGAUCACAUCUGCUACAGACUUUAAACCAACCGGACCUCAGAGUGCUGUCAAAUACUCAGGUUGGCAACCUUCAAACCAACCAGCUCCUGCAAGUGGAUGGACAUCAAACAAUAUGACACCGUCUGGUGCAACUGCACCAAGCGAUAAGUCUGUGACACAGCCUCAACUAACAGAGCAAGACACUUUGGUGCAGAGAGCAGAGCAUAUUCCAGCAGGAAAGCGUACUCCUAUGUGUGCUCAGUGUAACCAGGUCAUUAGGGGACCUUUCCUGGUGGCUUUGGGGAAAUCCUGGCAUCCAGAGGAGUUUAACUGUGCUCACUGCAGAACCUCUAUGGCUUACAUUGGGUUUGUGGAAGAGAAGGGGGCUUUCUAUUGCGAGAUCUGCUAUGAGAAGUUCUUUGCCCCUGAAUGUUCUCGAUGCCAGAGGAAGAUACUUGGAGAAGUAAUCAAUGCUUUGAAACAAACUUGGCAUGUUUCCUGUUUCGUAUGUGUGGCCUGCCAUAAUCCCAUUCGCAAUAAUGUCUUCCAUUUGGAAGAUGGGGAUCCCUAUUGUGAGACAGAUUACUAUGCCCUCUUCGGUACCAUGUGCUAUGGCUGUGAAUUCCCCAUUGAAGCUGGAGACCGGUUUCUUGAAGCCCUGGGCCACACCUGGCAUGACACCUGCUUUGUGUGCUCGGUAUGUUGUGACAGUUUGGAGGGUCAGACGUUCUUCUCCAAAAAGGAUAAGCCACUGUGCAAGAAGCAUGCUCACUCAGUGAACUUCUGA